CACUUUAAGAAAAGGAUCUAUAAGAUCCUUUACUGUGAAAAGCAUACCCUUCACUUAGUGAGACUAAAAACCUUAUUAUGUAUUUUCCUUUAAAACUUUUAAGGCAACAAACUUGCCAUGGUUUCUUGGGUUGUUAGGCUAUAUGUCUCAGUUUUCUCUAAAAGUCAGCUGUGGAAGUGGUCACAUAGUUUUGUGAUUAAAGUUUUGAGUAUAAAGCUAAGAAAAAAUAGUGUUUAGUUUUAAUGUGGAUUAAAAUGAGAAUCUUUAAAUUAUAAACCAAAAUUUGUAAGUUAUAUCACUAAAAUUGGAACAAUAGGACCUACCAUGAUUUUGAUGCAAUUUUUUUAAAAAAGGGACUUUCCAAAUACCAAUUUUUUUCCUCUGGUUCAUUUUAAGAGCUGUAAAUUGAUUGUGGCUUUGGGAUGACUGUUUAUUAUUUCUAAAUUUUCCUGUGUGUGACAUUUUCCUUUUGAUCAUACUUGAUUGCCUUAAAAUUCUUCUUGGUCCCUCAGUUUUCUUCAAAGUUUCUCUUUGUCUUGGGUGCUCUUUUUCGCCUUCUCAUGACAAAACUUGGUAUCCUUUGUUUUUCCUUUUAUUUAUUUAAUAUGCUUGGAUAGGAUUCUCUGAAGUACUAACCUUGCAAGGAUGAAUAAAUUAGUUUUACUUUAUUGAAUGCUGCUGCCACUACUUUCCUGUUUCUACAGUUUACUCCAAAAUCUAGCCUUAGCAUAGAAUUCUUAGGUGAAAGAUGACAGAGAUCAAUGGAGGUGAUAAAGUGUAGAACCCCAGGACUAGUGAUGGAAGAUCAUCAAAAGUUUUCCUCUUUGCUCUAAAGAGUCAGAAUGUUUUAUAGAUGCUUGAUAACUUCUUAGAGAGCACACUAACCUCAGUCUCUGUAGCUGUUCUCUUCUCACUGCUUUUCAAAGGUUGUAUGAUUUGCCAUGUCACAAAAGAUUUUUCAGAAAAAUGAGCUUCAUCACCAUUUUUGCCGUGUAACACUAAAUUUGACAAUACUCUUUGCUUUAAUUCUACAUAUAUAUGUAUUAUAUAUUUGUUAUACAUAUAUCUCUCACAACCUAAUAGAAAACCAUAAACUAAUUAGUCUUACAAGUUCAGCUUAUCUUUUAAAUACUAUUUGUUCUUCUAGAUUGUAGCUCCAAUAUUGAUUCUUAAAAUUACUGUUAAAAUUUAUUUACUUACUGGGGCUUCCCUGGUGGUGCAGUGGUUAAGACUCCGUGCUCCCAAUGCAGGGGGCCCAGGUUCUAUCCCUGGUCAGGGAAAUAGGCCCCACAUGCAUGCUGCAACUAAGGAGCCCAUGUGCCUCAACUAAGCCGGCAAGCUGCAACUAAGGAGCCUGCAAGCCGCAACCAAGGAGCCCGUGAGCCGCAACUAAGGAGCCCACCUGCUGCAACUAAGACCUGGCACAUCCAAGAGAUGUGAUGGAGCUGCUUGAAGAAGAUCUCACGUGCCCAAUUUGUUGCAGUCUGUUUGACGAUCCUCGAGUUUUGCCUUGCUCGCACAACUUUUGCAAAAAAUGCUUAGAAGGGAUCUUAGAGGGGAACGUGCGGAAUUCAUUGUGGAGAUCAUCUCCAUUCAAGUGCCCCACAUGCCGCAAGGAAACUUCAGCCACCGGGGUCAGUAGCCUGCAGGUUAAUUACUCCCUGAAGGGUAUUGUGGAAAAGUAUAACAAGAUAAAGAUCUCUCCCAAAAUGCCAGUGUGCAAAGGACACUUGGGGCAGCCUCUCAACAUUUUCUGCCUGACUGAUAUGCAGCUGAUUUGUGGGAUCUGUGCUACUCGUGGUGACCACACCAAGCAUGUCUUCUGUUCUAUCGAAGAUGCCUAUGCUCAGGAAAGGGAUGCCUUUGAGUCCCUCUUCCAGAGCUUUGAGACCUGGCGUCGGGGAGAUGCUCUUUCUCGCUUGGAUACCUUGGAAACUAGCAAAAGGAAAUCUCUACAGUUGCUGACUAAAGAUUCAGAUAAAGUGAAGGAGUUUUUUGAGAAGUUACAACACACAUUAGAUCAAAAGAAGAAUGAAAUCCUUUCUGACUUUGAGACCAUGAAACUUGCAGUUAUGCAGGCCUAUGACCCAGAGAUCAACAAACUCAACACCAUCUUGCAGGAACAACGAAUGGCCUUUAACAUUGCUGAAGCUUUCAAAGAUGUGUCAGAACCCAUCAUAUUUCUGCAACAGAUGCAGGAGUUCAGGGAGAAAAUAAAAGUCAUCAAGGAAACUCCUUUGCCUCCCUCUAAUUUGCCCUCAAGCCCUUUAAUGAAGAACUUUGAUACCAGUCAGUGGGAAGACAUAAAACUAGUAGAUGUGGAUAAACUUUCUUUGCCUCAAGACACUGGCACAUUCAUUAGCAAGAUUCCUUGGAGCUUUUAUCUGUUAUUUGUGGUCAUCUUUCUGCUUGGACUUCUCAUUUUCUUCAGUCCUACCAUAUUCCUAGAAUGGUCUUUAUUUGAUGAAAUCACAACUUGGAAAGACAAUCUUUCAAACUUUAGUUCCUACCUGACUAAAUCAGCUGAUUUUGUAGAACAAUCAGUUUUCUACUGGGAACAGUUGGCAGAUGGGUUUUUCAUUUUCAGUGAAAGGUUAAAGAAUUUUACUUUGGUGGUGCUGAACAAUGUGGCAGAAUUUGUGUGCAAAUAUAAACUGUUAUAAAAUCUGUUUAAAGUACGUAGUUCUGUGUCUUUUGUUAGAAAUUUGUCAGAAUACAGAGUGGUAGUUCAGAUUUGGUCAAGAUUCCAGUCAGAUAUUUUCCUCCACAAGUAUUCCUUUCAAAAACAAUGUCCUACACAUGUUGUUGAAAUUAGGUAGUAUAAAGAUAAAAGUGAAAUUUAAUAGUGUAGUCCUGAACCCUCUUUUCUUUUUAAAGUGCUUUUGAAAUAAGCAUCCUACCCCUAAUACUGGUUGUGUUUAUGCCAUGAAAAAAGGGGAUGUGAGAGAGUACAUGAUUUAAUAUUGAUGAGGUAGUGUAAUAAUGAUUGUUCUUAAGCAUGUAAUAAAGACUACUCUUGUAAAGC